AUGCCGGGCCCGGGGCAUUGUGGGAGUUGUAGUCCCAACUCGACGACUUCCUGUCCGGGCGGCGAGGGAGGCUUCGGCGUUCGAACUACAGCUCCCGAGAGCCUCGGUCAGCAGCCGGGACGUUAUUGGGCUUCAAUGUGUACACAUGUCAUUGUGGAUAAUGUUGCUGUACUCAGCUCUUAUCAUCUGAAAACUAUUGAGAAGUAUCGACUCCCCAUUGUAAGUGCUGAUUUUGUGUGGAAAUCAGCUGAAGAAGGAAAACUUUUACAGAUUGAUGACUAUGAGUCUAGUAAAUCAUUGGAAGGUAGUUCUGAUCAAAAGCCAAGCCAUUACGGUGAGAAAAAACACUCAUCUUCUGAGCAUAACAUUAAGGAGAAACAGGAUGCCACUGAGAAGAAUGAAAACUGUGGCCCUGAUCCCACUCCCUUGGAAGUCAGUGAGAGCUCCGUUGGGCCCAAUAUGGAGAGCAUCAGAUUUUAUACAGAAAAUGAUCAAGAUAUUCCUUAUUUUCCACAAGAUUUUGAAGUUGCAAAAUAUGAUGCCCUUGAAAAAAUUAGUACUGAGAAAGGCAAACAAGUUGUAGUUAUUGAAUUGCAGUGUUCCCAGGAAUCGUGUGAGUUUCCCUUUCGAAUAUCUGCACACUUCAGCAUGUCAGAUGGAUUCAAGAGUAAAAAACAGUUCAUUGCAACUAAGACUUCUGAAGAAGUAAGAGAAAAUUAUGAGAUUUAUGUUGAAGAUUUGAAGAACCAGGAUUUUCUAUUAAGAGAAACCUUUCCACCUGGUGCAGACUAUUUAGCCUCUAUGAAAUUACAAGAGCUACUUCUAGAGGAAGCCAUAAAUUCAAGCACUUUAUCCCAAGAAAUUAGUGCUUUUGUGGAACUGAUCUGGGCAGAAGCACUUGGUCAUUUGGACCAUUUACUACUUGAACCAGUAAACAACAUCAGCCUAAAUGAUGUGAGCAAAGGGGAAGGUAUUCUACUUCAAAUAAAGAAUGCAAUGAAUGAGGGAACAGCAGCAAAGGCACUGAAAGCGAUGAUGAUGGAGUUCUAUCGAAUUAUACGUCACAAAAAUGGAAUAGACUAUAAUAUUACCAAAAGACUGUUAUCUAGCAAACAGGACCUCUGUCAGCUAAUCAGAGACAUGCUUAAUGUUUGCGAAACAAGUAUGUCAAGCCCUAACCCACCAUCUCUUGCUAAAUACCGGGCUUUAAGGUGCAAGAUACAAGCUAUCAAUCCAAACAGUGAAGAAUUUCUCAAUGUUAAACAGCAGGUGUUGAAAAAUAAUCACAGUGACUGUCCAGUGAAAGUUUUACAAAUAUACAGAGUUGGCAGAAUAAGUGAAACAGCAGAGUUUCUGAGCAAUCUUGGGAAUGUUCAAUCCUUAUUCCAUGCAUCAUCUGUGCGCAACUUCGUUGGAAUUCUCUCCCGAGGUCUCCUUUUACCCAAGAUAGUGGUGGAAGAUCAUGGCAUGGAAAGAACUGAUAUUGGGAAGCUCGGGAGUGGCAUUUAUUUCAGUGAUUCUAUCAGUACAAGCACUAAGUAUUCUCCACCAAGUGAAAUGGAUGGAACUCGACUGUUGGCUGUGUGUAAUGUGGCACUUGGAACCUGCUUGGAUUUGUAUAAAAAAGAUUUGUCAUUAACUAAUGCGCCAGCAGGAUAUGACAGCGUGCAUGGAGUCCGUAAAAGAGCAAACAUCGAUUCAGAUUUUGAGGAUGAUGAAUUUGUUGUAUACAAAACCUGUCAGGUUAAAAUGAGAUACAUUGUUAAGUUUUGCCUUGCUGGAGACCAAGUAAAGCAGUUUCAGCCUGGAAUUGAGACCAGAUUAGAGCAAGAUCGGCCAGCGACCUCACAUUGUCUUUUACAACCCGAAGACUAUGCAUUACCAAGUGUAAAUCUUUUAAACCAUGUAAAAACUGGUCUUCAGGACACAUCUGGAAACCCAGUCCCUCUUGAAGAUAUUCAUAUCAAGGGGAGGAUAAUAGACUUCAUAGCACAGAUAGUAGUGUUUCAGACAUACACCAAUCAGAAUGAUAAUUCCAUUGAGGCAAAAUAUGUCUUUCCUUUGGAUGGCACAGCGGCUGUAUGUGGAUUUGAGGCUUUCAUCAAUGGGAAACAUAUUGUUGGAAAGGUUAAAGAAAAGGAACAAGCACAUAAGGAAUAUAGAGAAGCAAUCAGUCGAGGUGAUGGAGCUUACUUGAUGGACCAGGAUGCCCCAGAUGUUUUUACUGUAAGUGUUGGAAACUUACCACCUAAAACUACAGUUCUUAUCAAAGUCACCUACAUCACUGAGCUUAGUUUUCAGAAUGGCCGUAUUACUUUUCAAAUGCCUGCUGCUGUGGCUCCUUGGCAACAAGACAAAGCCUUAAAUGAAAACACACAGGAUACAGUAAAGAAGGUUUGUGUUAAACAAAUAGGAACAAAAAAGGGUGGAUUCUGUGUGGCCAUGUCUAUUGAAAUGCCAUACAGCAUUGAACGCAUUCAUAGUUGGACGCACACACUUAAAAUAAAGAAAACAGACUGCAAAGCCGUAAUCAGGACUGUGGAGAAUAGUUCCUUGGACAUCUGUGGCUUUGUUCUAGAAAUCUGGAUUUCUCAAGUAUAUCUACCCAGAAUGUGGGUAGAGAAGCAUCCAAACAAAGAGAGUGAGGCAUGCAUGCUUGUAUUUCAACCAAAGUUUGAAACAAGGUUUAAAGGAAUCCAGCUGUCCAGAGAAAUUAUUAUUUGUCUAGAUUGCUCCAAUUCCAUGGAGGGUUCAACACUGCAACAAGCAAAGCAGAUUGCUCUCCGUGCUCUACAAAUGUCUUGUUUUGGACCGAGAGUGAAUGUUAUCAGAUUUGGCACGAAUUUUACAGAAUUUUCUUCAUAUGCAAAGGAUAUCAAAAGUGAUCUUGCAGCAGUGAAGGAGUUUAUUAUAUCUGCUACACCAACAAUGGGAAAUACUGACUUAUGGAAAACCUUACGUUAUUUAAGUUUGUUGUAUCCUUCUCAAAGAGAGCGUAACAUUCUUCUUCUAUCCGAUGGGCACAUUCAGAAUGAGAGCAUGACCUUCCAAAUUGUGAAAGAGAAUAUCAGACACACCAGGUUAUUUACAUGUGGUGUUGGUUCCACAGCAAAUCAUCACAUGCUGAGAUCUUUGUCUCAAUAUGGCGCUGGAGCAUAUGAAUAUUUUGACCCAAAAUCGAAGUAUAACUGGCUAAAAAAGAUAGAAAGCCAGACAUCCAGAAUAUUUUCUCCAGGAUGCAGUUCUGUCUCUAUUAAAUGGCAACAGUUUGACUCAAAUGCACCAGAGCCAUUGCAUGCUCCUGCUCAAAUACAGUCUUUGUUUAACAAUGAAAGACUUCUUGUCUAUGGAUUUAUCCCACGUUGUACUCAGGCCACCUUAAAUGCACUAAUCAAUGACCAAGAAUUGCAAGCAAUGGUAUCAACCACUGAAUUACAGAAGACAACAGGAACACUUCUCCACAAACUCACAGCAAGAGCCCUCAUUAGGGAUUAUGAAGAUGGGAUACUUCAUGAAAAUGAAACAGAACAUGAGAUGAAGAAACAUACUUUGAAAGUCCUGAUUAUUAACCUCAGCCUGGAGAACUCCAUCAUAACCCAGUUUACAAGCUUUGUGGCAGUAGAAAAAAGGGAUGUUAAUGAAAUUCAGCAUGCUGGUCUUCCAAACAUUCUUGAACUUAUAGCUGAGGAAGAUAUAGACUUUUUACCCUACAUGGACUGGGAGCAUGAUACAUCUGGACAUGGAUACCUGUUUUCUAAUAGAGGAGUGGGAUUCGGCAGACGUGAAUUGGCCUCUUACUCUGCUGCCGAACCAGGCAGUGCCCUGACCCCAGAGGAGACCGAGUCCAAGGAGGAGCUGCUGAUGGCUAGCUACUUCAGGGAGACGGAUGACACCUACAGAGCCAAGGUUGUAUUUCCCCAGGCCACCACUGCUGCUUUCCUGUCUGGCCAGCUGGUGGGGACAGGGGAUAUCCCUGACAGUGCACAGAGAUUAGAAGGCAUGGUCCUACCAACAGCAGCCUCUAGCAGGCCGAAGAGAGACGCUGCAGUGCUGGCUCUGCCUGGCUGGCAAGGAGCUGACACCAGGAUCCGCUGUUCGGAAAAUGAGCAGGAUGCUAAUGAAGUUCAGCAUGCUGGUCUUCCAAACAUUCCUAUGGCUCCAGAACAUUUAGACAUUUUACCCUACAUGGACUGGGAGCAUGAUACAUCUGGAUAUGGAUACCUGUUUUCUAAUAGAGGAGUGGGUGAAUCGGUUCCUUUUCAUGAAGUAACUAGUGGUUUUUCUGACCACUUCCAAAUUGGAGGAGAUAAUAAGCUGAAAAGUCUCCAAUUUCAAAGUGACAAAGAACUUCCCUUGGUUGAACAGUGCAUCUUACCAGAUUCCAUUGGAUUCAGUUUUAUAAAGACUGCUGAAGUUGAAUAUGAUGCUGGUGCCACUGAAGUUGGACUAUUUGCAUCUAUCUCUGAGCCACAACCAAAAUUCGGCCUGCAUAGACAAUCACUUUUAAAAAUCAGACUUCCCACGCCUCCAGCUGGUCCGCCUUUUCCUCAACAUUCACAGGCUACUGGCAUUAAUUUUUCUUUUCAAGCUCCUUGCCCUCCUCCUCCUCCUCUUCCUGGUGGCCAACCUCCUCCUCCUCUUCCUGGCCAAGCUCCUUGCCCUCCUCCUUGCCCUCCUGAAUUCACUCAGGGGCUUUCUUCAUAUAUAAAGAGCUCAUUUACUCCUAUGGGCAGAACCCUGAAGAAGGCAAAUUUUGAAGCACAAGUUACUCCUGAAGUUCUUGCUUCACCAGCUACGUUAAGACUAGGAUCACCAAUGGUACAAACUGCACCAAAGGGUAGAGAAAAACUUCAUCGUGAGCUCAGCAAGGAUCUUGUCUUAACAGCAAUGAGGAAAAAAAAGCUUGGUAAAACAUCAUCACAAAUGAGGAUUCAACGAAGUCGACCAAGUGCUGUAACCUGGACUCAGAUUUUUGAGCUCCAAAAUCAGGAUGGCUUUUGGAAUCUCAGCCCAGAACUUGGGGUUAUUUUGGAUCUUGAUGUGGAUUAUUUAACCAAUAUAUUCCUUGCAAAAAAAGGCAUUUGGUCCCUAGGUCCUAAAGGAAGAGAAGUAUUGCAGUUGAUUGCUACACUUUUGGUGCUGCAGUUCAUACGUUAUAAUCAGCAACUGGAAGGGAUAACCUUCAAAUCUCUAAUGAAACUGGAUGAUUCGCCCACUUCAAGUGCUAUUCACUGGGCUUUUGCUUCAGUAAAGAAGGCAGUGGAAUGGGUAAGAAGAAUUGACAGACAAUUUCCAGCCAUCUGCCAUCGACUUGAACUUGGGAAGGAUUGGGACUCUGCCACUAAGAAGUUGUUGGGUAUCGACUUAAUCAGCACCAACUUUCCUCCAAGUAUUUAAUCACAGAAGACUUCUAUAAGAGUUAACUACUUUACUCAUUUUGCAAUUAUAUGACAAAUUACAGGAGUUCACUGCAUUAACAGAGGAUAAUUUGAUUUUAUAUCUGUAUAAUUAUUAGGUAGUUUUAAUAUCCAGGAAAUUAACCAAAGACAUGGAAAUUUGGGGUCUUUUCUUAUAUUGUCAUCAAUAAGGACAGAGUAAUUUUAAAUUUAAAUAUAGUCUUUUACUAAGAGUAAACAUAUACUGUAAUUCACUGUUUAAAACUCAAUAUCUAGCUUCUAUGUUAAAUAAUUUUUAAUUGAAAUUAACCAUUUUGCAGUGCUAAUGCUUUUAUAAUGUGUUUAAUAUAAACUUGAUUUCUUCUAUAAACCUUAUCCACUUCUUUGGACCAGUAGCACU